AGACAGAUUGUGUCACGUGAGGGUCACGUGUUGGAGCUAGAAAUCUUGAUUUCUCCAUAGCCAGACAGAACUCCUCAAGCAGCAGACUCGCAGCUGGAGAGAGAGUGAUGCAGCUUCUUCAAUGCUCCUCGUCUGGUUCUACCAACAUUACUCCUCGUUUCCUCGCGAACAAGCGCACUGUGGUCGCGGGAGGAAUGCGAGGAGGCGGAGGGCCGGGAAGAGACGGAGACGAAGCUCCUCGGGACCUCAAGCGAGCUGGUUUCCUCGGGGCCGCCGUUGCUCCGCCUCUCGUCGCCGCGGUCGUUGCCUUGUCUCCUCUCUGUCUCUCUCCAGUGUCACUUGGUCAAACUGCCGAUAUUCAAAGAGGAGCAGUAUUGUUUCGUCGGGCAUGCAUUGGAUGUCACGAUUCUGGUGGGAACAUAAUACAGCCAGGUGCAACACUGUUCAUGAAAGAUUUACAAAGAAACGGAGUCGACACGGAAGAGGAGAUCUACCGGGUUACCUACUUUGGCAAAGGAAGAAUGCCAGGCUUUGGUGAGAACUGCACCCCAAGAGGGCAAUGCACGUUUGGACCCCGAUUGCAGGAGGAGGAGAUCAAGGAACUAGCCAAGUUUGUAAAGUUGCAGGCUGAUCAAGGUUGGCCUAAGAUAGAAAUUGGAGAAGAUUGAUUGUUGCAUGAUUGUAUUAUUUAUGUACAAUGACAGAUCAUUAUCUAGGCCCAUCUGUUGAGUUGAAGCCUUUUCUUUCCCUUCUCCCUAUUCCCCAACCAAGAAUUGUAAAGAAAAUGUUGGAUUCAGCACUCUUGCUUCCAUGAAAUUGGAAAAAGAAGGACGGCAUAGUUACCUGACAGAGAGAUUUAUGAUGUCGAGAAAGCUGGCAGAUGAAAUGAAUAAGAUGCUCAUCCUCGCAU